GCGCAUGCGUAGAACGCUCCGCGGGCUCUGCGUUGUCGCCGCCGUCAUGGCGCUGGUGUCGGCGGACUCGCGCAUCGCCGAGCUGCUGGCUGAGCUACAGCGGCUGCUGGGGCACACGCAGGAGGAGCGCUCCCGCAGCGAGCACAACCUCAUCAACAUCCAGAAAACGCACGAGAGGAUGCAGACCGAGAACAAGAUCUCUCCGUACUACCGCACGAAGCUGCGCGGGCUGUACACCACUGCCAAGGCGGACGCUGAGGCUGAGUGCAACAUCCUUCGCAAGGCGCUGGACAAGAUUGCCGAGAUCAAGUCUCUGCUGGAGGAGCGCCGCAUUGCCGCCAAGAUUGCAGGGAUCUACAGUGACGCAGAGCCGCCACGCAAGACGAUGCGCCGGGGCGUGCUGAUGACACUGCUGCAGCAGUCAGCCAUGACGCUGCCGCUCUGGAUUGGCAAGCCAGGCGACAAGCCGCCCCCGCUGUGCGGCGCCAUGCCGGCAGCCGGGGACUACGUGGCCAAGCCUGGGGACAAAGUGGCGGCACGCGUCAAGGCGGUGGAUGGCGACGAGCAGUGGAUCCUGGCUGAGGUGGUCAGCUACAGCCACGCUGCCAACAAAUAUGAGGUGGAUGACAUCGACGAGGAGGGCAAAGAGAGGCACACGCUCAGCCGGCGCCGUGUGAUCCCUCUGCCGCAGUGGAAGGCAAACCCCGAGACCGACCCUGAAGCGCUGUUUCAGCGUGAGCAGCUGGUGCUGGCGCUGUACCCGCAGACCACCUGCUUCUACCGCGCCCUCAUCCAUGCACCACCGCAGCGGCCGCAGGACGACUACUCAGUGUUGUUUGAGGACACAUCGUAUGCUGAUGGUUACUCACCGCCACUGAACGUGGCGCAGCGCUACGUUGUCGCCUGCAAGGAGACCAAGAAGAAGUGACCCUCGCAGUUUGGGCAAUCCACAGGGAACCCAAACUCACUGCACAAGCCCCAAAGUGUCCACCGUGAACCCAAACUCACCCUAAUGGGCCCCAGAGUGAACCAUAAGGAUCCCAGGGACCCCAGACCCACCCCACAGGGCCUCAGAGUGACCUACAGACCCCUAAAGUGUCCAUCAGGGACCCCAGACCCACCACUAAGGACCACAGAGUGACCCACAGGACCCCAGAAACACUCCACAUGAGUCCAGAGCAUCCCUCAAGAAUCCCACGUGCCCUGCAGGACUUGGAAAUGUCCACUGGAAGAUUGCAAAGUCCCUCUAAUUGACUCCAGAACACCACAUGGGGACCACGAAGAGCUCAAAGUGACUGACCCUGUGGGCCCCAAAGUGACCUUAAUGACGUCAAAUCCAUCUGAAUGACCCCCAUCUGUCCCCAGGACCCCAUUCCCUUCCAGGAUCCAAAAGAACAGUGCUGGGAGCAGUUCCACCCAUUGCUUUAUUGGGAAUAAAUUAAGUUAGAAAGCA